UGGCCUUUCUUUUUUUUUUAAAUAAAGUUUUUCAAUUCAAACAAAAUGGCGGCGCUCUGUGUUCCACCCGUGUUGUUGGACUGUUGAUGUGAACGGAGCACGGGUUUAUGAAAAGAAAAGAACCUUUGCUGUAUUAAAUAUCAGAGGAAGUAUGCCUGCUGCAGCAAAGUCAGCUAAAAAGGAAAUCAAAAAGCCACCCAAGACCUCCUUCACAUCACCGUUUCCUCCACAAUGGGGUACGAUUCCUCAAGAAGACAUGCACUUCAUCCUGAAAACCCUGAAGGACAAGCUGGUGUCUGUGGGUCUUAAGAAGAAAGAGGUGAAAGUGUUUCGGCCAUGGAGGAAAAAGAAGGACAAGAAACCUGCUGCCACGUCAGAAUCAGAGCCGGUUCCCCAGGUGAGCCAGGAAGGACAGGCGCAGGAUUCUCCCAAAACCGGCUGGACAGACGUGGCAGUGAGGAAACAACUGGCCAUUGGCAUCAACGAGGUCACCAAAGCUCUGGAGAGGAACGAGCUCAAACUGCUGCUUGUGUGCAAGUCUGUCAUGCCCAAACACAUGACGAAUCACCUGAUAGCACUGAGCGUUACGAGAGGCGUGCCGGCCUGCCAGGUGCCUCGGCUGAGCCAGAGCGUGUCGGAGCCGCUGGGGCUGAAGAGUGUCCUUGCUCUGGGAUUCAGACAGUGUGCCUCCAAAGACGAUGAGGUGUUCACUGACACUGUGGACGCCAUCACACCCAAAGUGCCUCCAGUGGAUGUUGCAUGGCUACAAGGUGCAGCACCCAGUGUGACACCUGAAGACCCCGCUGACAUGGAAGAGGAGGAGGAAGGUGGCAAGAAGAGGAAGGGCCAGAAAAGGAAACUUGAGAGUGAAUCUGACCAGGUCACAGAGUCGGCGUCCUCCUGCACUCUGCAACCUCUCAAAGUGAAAAGAAUAGUUGCUAACCCUGCAAAGAAAAGAAAAAUAAAGGCUAAGUCACAGACAGUCUAAUUAACAGAGACUGCCUAAAGAAAGAAAAGGACCAUUCCUAUGUUUUUGCAUGUUUUAGCCCACCAGUUUCUGAUGUUGACCUCUUAAAACGAGGCGGAGGACAUGAGAGCAGUUUUGUCUCCUCAGAUUGUUUCAUUUUAAGGAUUUUUAGAGGCCUGAGAGUUGAGAAUGUUUAGUAUUUCACCUCCUGACCAUUAACUUGGGAUCCACUGUUUUAGUUCAUUCACUUACACUUUUGUCAGUGCAUUUUUCCUACGUAUCAGGCAGCCAUUGACUUUCAGUUGUGUUUGCACGGACUUGAAAUGUGCUUGAGAAAGAUACUUAAUUUGUGACAGUGAACUAGAGCUGCAGUAGUUUAUUGAUUAGUUGAUCGACAGAAGGUUUUAUGGUUUCAGCUUCUUCAGUGUGACAAACCUCUGCUUUUCUUUUUAAAGUUUAUUGAAAGUCAUUUGGGUUUUUGGAUUAUUGAUUAUAAAAAAAAACAAGUAUUUGUAAGAUGUGACCAUGGGGAUAUUUCACAAAGUCUGUCAUUUCAUAGACAUAAUAAGAAAGCAAUCUGCAGAUUAAUAGAUAAUGACAAGAAUUGUGGUUGCAGCCCUACAUUUAAUGUCAGCUUUUUUUGUCCAUUGUCAGUAUUUCAUUGUAAAGAAAUUGACUUUCUUUCAAAGUCAACAAUUCAUAAAACAGAAAAAAUAUGAAUUAAAUUCUGUCAAACACAGAAGCAGACAUCAUUUGUUGAAAUGGGCAGCCUUUUUUAAAUAAAUUUCGUUUCUGUUCUCAUUCUCUGUUGAAAUGAAUGCAAACCAGUGGCUGCAGUAAAGGUAAAAAAAAAGUGUGGUGUGGUUUGGGGACUGGGCUGCAGUUUACAUGACUCGGAAUAACUUUAAAGGACCCUGGUAUGAUCCUUUAAACCGGUGGUUCCCAACUGGUCCAGCCACAGGGUCCAGAUUUCUCCUUAGUCGUCAGUUCAAGGUCCACACAGUUGAAUUUAUUCAGUGUCACAACUGCCAUUGGCCAUGUCAUCGAGCUAGUUUGCUGUCUCUGUCAAGUAGCUUUCCCUUAGUCACUCACUCUACAACAGGAAAUCAGACUUCAAGACAAAAGCUUUGCGCUGGAAAUUCACUGUACUUCACAAUAAAGUGUGUUUUUUGCAAACAAGUCACUUGCAACCCAUUCAGAGUGGACCAUCCACCCAUCAGUAGAGAACCACUGCUUUAAGUUGAUUUUGUCAGUUAUAUUUCUAAGGCUGCAACCAAGGAUUAUUUUCACAAUUAACUGAUGAAUCAACUAAUCGUUCAGUCUAUAAAAUGUCAAAAAACUGUCUCAAAGUGCUCAUCACAAUUUCCCAGAGCCCAAAGUGAUGUCUUCAGAUUGCUUCUUCUGUCCAAACCAACAGUCCGAAACCCAAAGAUUCAUGUACAAUCAUAAAAAAAAUAAAGAAAAGCAGCUAUUUCUCAUAUCUAAGAAGCUAGAACCAGCAGAUAUGACAUUUUUGCUUGAAAAAUGCCUAAAACAAUUAAUUUUCUUUGAAUUGACUAAUUGAUUGACUAAACGUUGCAGCUCUACAUAUUUCUUUGGUCAGAAAUACACAUAUUAAACUGAUGUUUUUGUUUCUGAAUAAAAUCUACUCAACUGUGUGUGAUAUAUUUUUUCUUUGGUAAACAACUUAAGUUAAAAACUAGAAUUACCGUCUCUGCCAACCAGUCAAGUUUACAGUUUACAUCCAUGUCCGUCCAGACUUGUAUGCAGCCAUGAUGGUAUUAUAUUCUUCAAAUAAUUGAUGUUGCUGCAGAGAAGCCACAUAUUCUAAAACGUGGACGCUUCACACAUUAGCCCGGCAGCACAGGAGAUCUAUACACAGCAGAAGAGUCAGCACUUUUUUUUAGAUGGUCACACAAGAUUAGAGUCACUGACCAAAUAUCUCUCCUUCUGUUCCUGGGUUAUGGCGUUGAAAAAUGGCCAUUAAAUUGUUUUUACAGAACAUUACAAUGUCACAGUAAAGAUGACCUUUGACCUUUUGAAUAUGCCUUCAUCACUUCAUUUUAUCCUAUUAGAAAUUUCUGAAAUAUUUAGCAUAUAAAUUCCUGUGCUAUGGCCAAAAACAUGGUUUUUUGAGUUCACAGUGACCUUUGAGUAUCAAAUUCUAACAGUUCAUUGUUGAGUCCAAGUGGACGUUUGUGCCAAAAUUGAAGACACUUCUGUAAAGCAUCCUAGAGAUAUUGCAUCAUAAUAAAUGGAACAGACUUGUGUAUGUAUGGCGUGGAGGUAUAAAACCCACAGAAACAAACAUGUCAGACCCUAACCAACUAAAGAUGUUUUGGGGCAGAGUCCAUUUAUAAUUCUCAAACCGAAAUAUACAUAAAGGAAAACACUUGCUUUGUAUUCUCGUUUUCCACUGCCACGUUAAAAAGAAGUGCGUCACUCUUGUCCCUUUUUAAAGUGAGUUUAUUCAAUCAAAUAUCCAUGCUGGUAUAGCUGACGUGUGUGUUGAAACAGAUUGUUAUUUGCAUGGGGGUCAUGUCUAAAUGAUGCUGGUACAACUUCUUCAGCUUUUUCACAGCUUACAAUGGAUUUGAAUAAAAAUAUUGUUCUUCAGUUAGAGAAAGCUGUAUGUCGUUUUCAAAAGUACACCCCCCACCCCACCCCACCACCCCCAAAAUCUUUUAAAUAAGGCAGGUACUUCGGGUUGAGUUCUCACUAAAGGGUGUGGCUAGUAACAAUAACGCUAAAAAUCAUCACAGCAGCAAAACUGACAUGCUCAUUCAAACAGCUGCAGGCAACACAUCUGUGACACAACCAACAUCCAUGAGGCACACCGUUGACUCAAUAACCCAGUUCUUUCAAUGGUAGAAAAAAGAAAUCUUUAAGCCCUGAAGCACUGACUGUCCACUGGUUGUCAUUCUCUUGCUAAUAUAUAAAGGGAUGAGAAGAAAAGUACAUCACAUACAGAAAAAGUAACGACGAAAACGGCAGCAGCCUUCACCUCUUAAGUUACGCAGAGCCACGUGAACAGGAGCAUCAAACACAAAGUAACAAAACUCAGAGCAAAAAGACAAUUUUAAAAACAUUUUGACCUUUGAGAACACCAGCAGCUCCACCACAGAACAAGUGGUCUGACAAAUCAAAGAUCUCCGUCGCUCAGGCGAGCACAGGGAAAUGCCAAAUACUCCAAAAACCCUCAAAAAUCAGUUUGGAUGCUGCCUAUUGAACUGGGAAAUUUGGGGAAAUACUGGAAAGAAACAGAACAGGAAUUAUGUCUUAAGACAAAUUGCAAAGUACAAUUAUAAAUAUCAGAACUGUUCAUUUAGCUGCACAACACACUAAAAAAAUGACCCACAGUAUUUUUUUUUUUUUUUU